AUGGAGGGCACCGCCGCCAUUUGGUCAAAUCUAAGGCAACGUCGAAGAAGACCAGGGCCCAAGUUUCCUGGCAGGCCUCGUCACAACCUGGUCCGCAGACAAGAACCGGCACCGCCAGCAGCUCCGCCCGCAGAAGAAGAGGAAGGCGGAGAGGCAGACGGGGAACAGGAGGAGGGCGGCGGUGAUCAAGAGGAAGAAGAGGAGGAGGAGGAAGAAGAAGGAGAAGAAGCAGAACCCGUUGGUCAAGAAGAAGAAGAGGAAGGGGAGAAAGAGGACGAGGCUGAAGGUGCCAACGGCCAAGAAGCCGAAAGCGAAUCGGACGCCGAGGGCCCAGCCGGCGCAUCCUCCGAAAGCGAGUCCGACGCCGCGCCGCCCGGACAACAAGCAGACUCGAGCGACUCCGAACAAGAGCAGCCGCCCCCGGCCGUUUCCCCGCCACCUCCGGCCGCAACGCCGGCACCUCCUCCGGGCGUGCAACCACCGCCGGCCGCCUCUUCACUUCCCCCGCCCGCAGCUCAAGGAUCUCCGGAACCACAAUCGCCAGCAGAGCGGCCGGUCGCCGUCUUGAAUCCCUCCCGCCCGUCAGACUUACCCGCGAGCAUCCCUCCGGCAAGAGGGUUCAUCACUCUCGUGCCGGGCGCCCCGGCUCCCCUGAACCCACCGCAGCCGCCUGCUCCUCCGCCUCCUCCCCCUCAAGAAUCACCUGCGAGACAGCCUCAGCCACCACCUGCUGCAACGCCAUCGAAUCCUCCCGUCGCCGAACCCCAGAACCCUCCACCCGCCAGCCAGCCUUCGACCCCUCCGUCGCCGCCGACUCCGCCUUCUCCUCCUGCCGAGCAACCACCGACACCGCCGGCCGCCGAAACCCCUUCAACGAACCUACCGCCCCCGGCCGUGGAGAAUGCGGCCUCUGGGACCCCUCGGCCGGGACUUCUCCCACCCAACUCACAAGCCGAGGCGACCAACGGCCCAAUCUCCGCAACGCCCGCUCCAGCGGAGGGAACAGACCGCGGUUUCGCCAUCGGAAUAGCAUUCGCCGUCGUCGCUAUUGUCGCGCUCCUCAUCGGCGCUACCAUCUUUGGCGUCAAGCGCUACAAGAGAAAGAAGAAGGUUGCCGCCGUGGCCACGAACAUGGGCCAGAACCCAGGCGGCGGCGGCGGCGGCGGCAACGCCUUCUUCCCGCGAGAGUCCGCCAUACUUCGACAACCCAAGCGCAACACGCGCGAGGUGGAGCAGGCCAUCGUCGCCACCUUCAGACAGACCAAGAUCGCGAACCGCACGACAAGGGAGAUGGAGGAGCAGAUGGUGGCCCAGUUCAGGACGGAGAGGAACACCAUGACCUCACAACCCAACGCGCCCGCUGCCGUGGCCGUGGCUGCGGCUGCGACACCACCGCCCGUUCCCGAUGCCGCCGCCGCCGCUGGGAACUUCAACGCGCGGAACAUGCAGGCCGAGAGCUUUUAUUAUGAGAGGUCCAUCAACGAACCCGUCAUGCCUGCGCCGCUGCGGAUCAGCACGUCGCAACGCCGGCCGGCGACGCAAUCUACUAGGGCGCCCUACCCGGUCUCGACAUACGACAUGUACCAGGAAGUCGGACAGGGCCCGUAUCGGGAGUCUAUCAACAUCGGGUUCCAGCCGUAUAAUCCGGACAGCUACUACUUCCCACCGCAGCCUGGCGGACUGCCGAGGGCGGAGAGAGGCGCAGACGGGCGCUUCGUCCCCGAGACGAGGUAUCCGGGGUGA